UUUUACAAGCAACCGUAGUCACGUAAAAGUGGGCUACAUGAAUCGAUGGUUUCAUAUUAAUCGUUUCUUUUAAUAUUCUUCUUACGAUGUUUCACGAGUUUCUUCUAUGCAGCUUUUUUGUAGUUUGACAUGCACAUGUCUCUUUCUUUUUUCGAGAUCUGCGCAGGUUACUUUUCAUUGAUAGAAUGGAGUAGAGACGAUGUCAUUGAUAUAUUUUAAAAUAUGAAAUAAUGUAAAUCUACGAACGACGAACUUUACAUGAUAUAUAAUACCGCGAGAAAAGCGAAGGUUUGUUGAUUCGGUGAUAACAGCUGAUCGUGGAACGUAGGGUGACGUUCGUCGAAAUAAGUUCACGCAUUUCGCUACAAUAUACAUUUACGUGUGUACAUGUAUAUAUAGUAAUUAAAUAGGAUUUGUUAAUAGAAACCGCGCUCGUAAUAAAAGCAAAAAUAAAAUGCUAAAGCCAAAGGCACUCACACAGGUUCUCAGUCAGGCGAAUACCGGGGGCGUGGAAAAUACUUUAUUGCUCAACAGAGAUGGUGGAUUGUUAGCAUACAGUGGUUACGGGGAUAAGGACGCUAGAGUUACAGCAGCUAUCACGAGUAACAUUUGGACGGCUUACGAGAAGAAUGGGCGAAAUGCCUUCAAGGAAGACGAACUGCAGUUUGUUCUCAUGGAUUGCAUGGAAGGAAAAGUCGUUAUCACAGAGGUAGCCAAUUUACUCUUGUGUUUGUAUGCAAAGGAGAACGUAGGAUUUGGAUUACUGCGAGAAAAAGCGCAGGCGUUGGCCAAGUAUCUCGAUCAACCCUUAAAAACAAUAGCAAAUAUGCCUUGAAUGGCUACGUCACAAUCGAUUCACUUUUGAGUCUACUC